AGUAAAUAAAGAUGUCUGGUGCUAGUGUAAAGAUGAGUGAUACUGUCAGUUUAUUUGGAGGCAGAGUGCCUGCUGAGGUGGACAUGCUAUAUAAACAUUUGAAAAAUGUGAACAGAGAGACUUUCACGCAGAUACUCAGAGCUGUGGUGGAUGCCAUUGGUGGUCAGGACUGCUGUGAGUCAGUGAGAGUGAUUUCAGAGAGCGGUUUAAUCUCAGAAGAGAGCUUGAACCAUGUGAUGGCUGGACUAUAUGCUCUUUUGAAAGAAGCUUUGUGCCAGCCUUCUUUAAAACAAGAGGUUUUUAGUGAUGAUCUUAGAGCUCUACGGAUUUCUGAAGAAUUACUUGCAGACAUAGUCGUUGUUGUCUUUGGAAACAGGCAAACCUCUAUGAAUGUUGGCGAUAAACAUCAAGGGCCAAGUCUGGCGAAGAUCGAGGAUCUUAAAUGGAGAGUUGAUGUUGCCAUUUCAACAAGCUCACUGUCUCGAGCAUUGCAGCCCUCCAUUCUCAUGCAGAUGAAACUGUCAGAUGGCCAUACACAUCAGUUUGAGGUUCCAGUUGCUAAGUUUCAGGAGCUUAGGUACAAUGUUUCUCUAAUAUUAAAGGAGAUGAAUGACAUAGAGAAGAGAAGUAUUCUCAAAAUACAGGACUGAUAGAUCAUAUUAUCAAAUUGUCAUUAUCUAUUAAAAACAAGACAUCUAUUGUUUAUCAUUUUGCAUGUCUAUGUGUACAAAAUAAUAAUAGUCUAUUUCUGCCACAGUAAAAACCAUUUUCAUAACUUUAAAUGUAUUUCUAAUAUGUGAAAAUUCUUUGUAAAGUUUUUCAGAAUCUUUCUACUUUUUUCUAAUAUUUAGAAAAUUUGAUUAAUUGUACGGAAUCAUUUUUUACUAACUGUUUCAGUUUUGCACUUGGUCUGUCUUGCCACAAUGUGCUGUCAAAAAGAGAACCAAAGGAUCGACUUUAAAAUUAAGUUUUUCAACAUACUGUAAUUUGUUGCAGUUUGCAGUAAUACAUUUAAGGUGUCAUAAGUUGAUUAAUGGCUCACUUUUGACAGCAAACAAAUAUAAAAUUAUCACAUUUUUGUUGUCAUUAUUCUUUCAAAAUAAAUAUUACUUUUUUAUG